UCUUGCAGGUCUGGCUCUGGAUCUCUCCUUCUCUCUGAUGAACGCUUUGUCUCCAUCGUUCUCCAUCUUCCUCAUCACCCGCUUCCUGGCAGGAAUCAGCAAUGGUGGAAUGUCGCUUGUCGCCUUCGUGCUUCUGAAUGAGUACAUUGGUGCCACCUACUGGGCUAUCGCUGGGUCGGUGUCUGGAUUGGGAUUUGCGUUGGGAAUCUCGCAGUUCGCUCUGAUUGGCUAUUUUGUGCGGUCUUGGCGCCUGUUGGCGGUUUUGGUGAACAUACAAGGCUUGGCGGUGUUCAUCCUGUCACUGUGGCUCCCGGAGUCUCCCCGUUGGCUGUACUCUCAGGGCCGCCUGGAGGAAGCGAAGGACUCUCUGCUGGUCCUGGCUCGCUGGAACCGUAUAAAGCCGGCCCCUUUCUCCCUCACCCCCCGGCAGAAGAGUUAUGUCCAGGAGUCCAAUGUCUUCGCCCUUUACCGGCACGCCGUUCUGCGGAAACGCACGUUGGUCAUGAUGUGGGUUUGGUUCGUCUGCAGUCUGGUGUAUUAUGGCCUCACGCUGAGUUCCGGGCAACUGGGCGGAGACCUCUACCUGAGUUUGGCGCUGUCCGGUCUGGCCGAACUGCCGGCGUUUCCCAUAUGUAUGUAUCUACUCAACCACAGGAGUGUUGGUCGGAGGCGGUCCCUCUGUCUGUUUCUCUGCACCGCCGGCAUCGCCUGUGUCUGCAUUAUGUUCCUACCAGAGAGGAAGACAGGAUUCCUGUCUGUGGUGAACAGUCAGAUGCUCUCAUUGGUCGGGAAGUUCUGUAUUAGCGCAGCUUUCAACAUUGUUUAUAUUUACACAACGGAGCUGUACCCCACCUCUGUGCGGAGUCUGGGGAUGGGAGUCUGCUCCAUGUUCUCCCGCAUUGGAGGGAUCAUCGCUCCCUUCGUCCCGGCUCUGCGUCCUCUGCGAUGGUAUCUGCCCUACAUUGUGUUCGGUGCCUCUGGGAUGUCCGCCGGCCUCUUGAGCCUCCUGUUACCGGAGACCCUGAACACCCCUCUCCCUGACACCCUCUCCGACCUGCAGGUGGUGUCCUACCGACGUCUGCUGACCAAAGAGGGGGAGGAGGAGACUCUGCUGAGCGAGGAGCCGAUUGGAGGAAGACAAGGUAUUUUAGGUCCUGGCGGAGAGGCUUCCAGCGAGGAGGAGGAGCUCUUCCAUCGGAGGACACUCGGCUCUGCUCUCCAUGGUGAACGAUGAUGGGGGGGGGGGGGCCCCUUGGUGGAUUGUACCCCCCCAGAAGCUGCUUUUAUCGGACCUGUGUGCAGAGGCCCCGAAGCUUGUGGUGUCGGUGGCGUCGGUGUACCUGGAGCACUAUAGGAAUAGGGGAUAUGAUGGUGGAGGGUCAUUGUGUAUAUGGGGGGGAGGGGGAGGGGAUGGAGGCGGAGUUCCUCCCAUCUGCCACACUUUAUGGGAAUCGAUCGCCGGCCCAGCCAACGAAUGAAUGUGAAAGUGCCUUCUGGCCGGCUGAUUGGAGACCCCCUUUAAGCCCCGCCUCUCUGUGUCAGCAGUCAUAGACACAGCAAUCCCGGUGUCUACAGUUCUCCACAGCCUGAGGAUACUGCACGAGCCUGUACAGACAUGGAGGGGGAGGGGUCUCUGUGCCUCGCCCCGCCUCUCCUGGUGGACAAUAUUUUAUUAUUUAUAUCUAUUUAUAUUUGAAAUCCAGAACUUUAUACAUAAAGAUUUUCUCUAUACA